AUGGGUGAGAGAGAGCCCGUAACUCACCAACUCCAGCUCAUUGUGAGUUGUCCCCGGUCGAGCGUCAAGUGUGCCCAGAAUAUGCCCGCGCGCUCCCGCCGCCCCACACCUACACGCGCAGCCGCGAGCUCCGACCCCAUCCCGCGCGCUCAGACACCCCACCACAGCCCGCGCGCUCCCGCCACCCCACACCUACACGCGCAGCCGCGAGCUCCGACCCCAUCCCGCGCGCUCCCGCCGCCCCACACCUACACGCGCAGCCGCGAGCUCCGACCCCAUCCCACGCGCUCAGACACCCCACCACAGCCCGCGCGCUCCCGCCGCCCCACACCUACACGCGCAGCCGCGAGCUCCGACCCCAUCCCGCGCGCUCCCGCCGCCCCACACCUACACGCGCAGCCGCGAGCUCCGACCCCAUCCCGCGCGCUCCCGCCGCCCCACACCUACACGCGCAGCCGCGAGCUCCGACCCCAUCCCGCGCGCUCCCGCCGCCCCACACCUACACGCGCAGCCGCGAGCUCCGACCCCAUCCCACGCGCUCAGACACCCCACCACAGCCCGCGCGCUCCCGCCGCCCCACACCUACACGCGCAGCCGCGAGCUCCGACCCCAUCCCGCGCGCUCCCGCCGCCCCACACCUACACGCGCAGCCGCGAGCUCCGACCCCAUCCCACGCGCUCAGACACCCCACCACAGCCCGCGCGCUCCCGCCGCCCCACACCUACACGCGCAGCCGCGAGCUCCGACCCCAUCCCGCGCGCUCCCGCCGCCCCACACCUACACGCGCAGCCGCGAGCUCCGACCCCAUCCCACGCGCUCCCGCCGCCCCACCACAGCCCGCGCGCUCCCGCCGCCCCACACCUACACGCGCAGCCGCGAGCUCCGACCCCAUCCCACGCGCUCCCGCCGCCCCACACCUACACGCGCAGCCGCGAGCUCCCACCAGACGUCGCCCCCCGCGCGCUCCGACCCCACAGUUAG